ACUGUCUUUAAACAAAAUGGAAGUCACCAAUUUUACUGUCGAUGGUCAAUAGAAGAAGAUGUAUUGUUAUCUAAAGCAGUUGCAAAGUAUGGACCACAUAAAUGGACUUCAAUAUCAAAAUUAAUUCCUGGUAGAACAGCAGUACAAUGUUCCACUCGAUGGUAUGGUGCUUUAAACUCUAAUGUACACAAAGGGAGAUGGUCAAAGGAUGAAGAUGAAGCACUCAUAAAAGCUGUACAUCAAUAUCAGCAACAAAUAGUAAUACAAAAGACAACAAAUUUGCCAUGGAAUCAAAUUGCAGAACAUAUUCCGCAUCGAACAGGAAUUCAAUGUCAGGCGAGAUGGACUGAAGCAUUAGAUCCUUCUAUUCGUAAAGGCAGAUGGCAAGUAGAUGAAGAUAAAUUAUUAAAGGAUGCAGUAUCUAAAUAUGGUUGUUGCUGGAUACGUGUUGCUAGCAUGAUUCCUACUCGUACUCAAAGACAAUGUCGUACUCGAUGGAAUCAAAUU